UAAAGAUCGAUAUAUCUUCAUUAUGAAGACGGAUUAUUAUGAGUUAUUGCAAGUAGAGUCUAGUGCGACGGAUGUGGAGCUUAAAAAGGCGUAUAGAAAGAAGGCUCUUCAACUUCAUCCAGAUAAAAAUCGAGAUGAUGUAGAAGGAGCCACUGCCAGAUUUGCCUUGGUUAGAGCUGCUUACGAAGUUCUUUCUGAUCCACAAGAAAGAGCAUGGUAUGACUCACAUAAGCUGCUGAUUCUUAGAGAUGAUGAUGGGUACGAUGGAGGUACAAGUGAAGAUUAUUAUGAUCCAAUGGUUGCAGGAACUUCUACCGAUGAACUUUUAAGAUAUUUUGAUCCAUCAUUAUACGUCCGUCUUGAUGAUAGUAUGGCCGGAUUUUAUAGUGUAGUGGGGAGAUUAUUUGAAAAAUUAGCCUCUGAAGAAGUUACACAUGGUAAGCAACAACAACAACUGGAUGGAGGGUUAGAUUAUAAAAAGUUUUAUGAUGAUUCACCACAAGCAAAUGUAGUUGAUCCAUCCAUGCUUCUUUUCCCAAGAUUUGGUAAUAGUAAGAGUGAUUAUACAACGGAUGUGCGCCAAUUCUAUUCUGGAUGGGCCUCGUUCCAAACGACAAAGUCAUUCCUGUGGAAAGAUGAAUACCGUUACUCUACGGCUCCAGAUAGGAAAACUAGAAGACUUAUGGAAAAGGAAAAUAAGAAACUUAGAGAUAUUGCUAGAAGGGAAUAUAAUGAAACUUUAAGAAACUAUGUUGCAUUUAUCAAGAAGCGUGAUCCUAGAGUGAAACAAGGUAUGAAGCAAUUUGAACUUGAAAAGAAGAAGAAACAACAGCAAGAAAUUUCUGAACAAAUUGAACAAAGUAGAAUAGAAAACUUGGAAAAUCUUGCCAAACUUCAAAACUUUGAGAUUCAAGACUGGCAAAAGCUCAGUGAAAAGGAAUUGGAUGAACUUGAAGUGAUGUUGAAUGAAGAAUAUAAGAUAAGUUCAGAUAGUGAGUUUGAAAAGGAGGAGGAAAGUUCUGGAGAUGAGAAUGUGUUUGAAUGUAUUAUAUGUAAUAAGUUUUUCAAGUCUGAGAAACAAUUGGAAUCACAUGAACUGUCAAACAAGCAUCGCAAGAUUUUAAAUCGUAUGAAGUGGGAAAUGAGACAAGAGGGAAUUGAAUUGGGUAUAGAUAAGGAUGAUAUUGAUUUGGAUGACUUUGAAACUGCAAGUAGUGAAUUCCUGGAAGGAAAUGAAGAAGAAGAGGAAGAAGAAGAAGAAGUGGAGGUGGUGGAAGGGGAGGUAAAUGAGGUUAAUGUAUUGAAUGAUGUGAUAGAAAAUGAUAGAAAGGAUGAUGAUGUGAUAGUGGGAGGUUAUUCUGAUCUUGAAGUUGAUGACGAAAUAGAGAGUGAUGAAGAAUUGGAAGUGACAACUAUUCAUUCGAAGAAGAAUAAGAAAAAAAAUAAGAAUAAGAAUAAGACCAAGAAACCCACUUUUGAAGUUGAGGAAGAGGAUGAAGUUGACGAAGAAUUGGCCAAAUUGGCUGCGGAUUUAUCUCAAGGAAUCAAGUUGGAAACAGGAGAUGAUGACGAUGAUUGGGACAUAGGUCCUAAGAAGAGUAAGAAGAAGAAGAAAACCAGAGCCUCCACGCCACUCGAAGACAGCACUUCUGAUGUAUCUUCUGUUGCAACACCACAGCCUGUUGCGCCAACGAAAAAGAAGGGUAAAAAGGAAAAGGAAGCUAAGAUUUCAGCACCAAAAGGAUCUGAGGUUUGUUCUGUCUGUGAAGAACUUUUCACAUCUAGAAAUAAAUUAUUCCAACAUGUGAAAAAGACUGGACAUGCUGCUCCUCCUCCAAAAGUUGGAAAGAAAGGAAGAAAGUAAAUACAAAGACGUAUAUAAUAAUUAAUGGUUAGGCUGGUAUUAUAUUAAAUUCUAU